CCUGAGCACUCAACUCAUCAACUCAUCAGCUACCAGCAGUUCUGAGGCUAGGGCGCUCCAGGCUGAUAAUUAGAAAGAGAAAGAUAGAAGGCAGCGCAUGGGAAAUAAUGCAGAAACCCCCUUUGGCACGCUCUUCCUCAAGACGCUCGAGUCUGUCCUCGAAGUGGUCCUGCUCUCUGCAGGCGGCUAUAUCCUCGCCAAGAACAAAGUCUUGCCCAAAGACUCACAAAAGACCAUCAGCAAUAUCAAUAUGAACCUCUUUACGCCGUGUCUGGUGGCAUCAAAACUGGCCGGCUCGCUCUCGACAGAUCAGUUGAUUGAUCUGUGGCUCCUGCCCAUCGUCUUUGUUCUGCUUACGGGCGUCUCCUGGAUCGUUGGCAAGACGGCAUCCAAAGUGAUGGGCCUGCCUUCAAAGCAGACCAGGUUCGUGAUUGGAUGCACCGUGUUUCAGAACAGCAACUCGCUGCCUCUUGCGCUCGUCUCUGCAUUGGCCUACUCGCUCGACGGGUUGUGGUGGGAUCAGCGGGCACCGCAUGAUAAUGACGAGGCAGUCGCUUCCCGUGGCAUCCUCUAUCUGCUCGUCUUCUCUCAGCUCGGUCUGAGUAUUCGAUGGUCGUACGGCUAUAACUAUCUCUUUGCUGCACACCGUCCUGGCGACAGAACAGAGAACGCAAGUCUGGCUGGCUCAGAUGAUGAAGAGGCGGGCGAGGCUGACGAAAGAUCGCGCUUGCUGUCACCUUCUUCGCCAAGCAGGAAGCCCACUGAUGCAGCACUCGGUGAACCAACGCUCCGUCGCAACACUUCAACAGGCUCUGGUGCCUUGACUCAAUUCCCUGCACUCACAACGCAAAUAUCGCAAACAAGGCUUGGCGACCGUGUCAAGACUUGGCCGCUCAAGGCGCUCAAGACUUUGUGGGGCUUUAUGAAUCCACCCUUGUGGGCAAUGCUCAUUGCGCUCGUUGUGGCUUGUGUGCCUGGGCUACAGCCCUUCUUCUUCACAAAAGGCACCUUUGUCUUCAACUCAUUAACAACGGCAGUGACAACCGCAGGGAAUUGCGCAGUGCCGCUCAUCCUCGUUGUGCUCGGUGGCAAUUUGGCACAGGAAAAGGGUGAGGCAGGCGAGCCUUUGCCGCAUUCGAAACGCACCAUCUGGACAGCUAUCGUUUCCCGCAUGGUGCUUGUCCCACUUGUUUUGUUGCCUCUUCUCGCCAUCAUCGCCCGAUUCGCGCCUAUUUCCGUGGUGGACGAUCCAAUCUUUAUCGUUGUGCUAUUUCUGCUCAUUGGCAGUCCAACGGCUAUCCAGGUGGCGUCCAUCUGCCAGCUCAACGAUGUCUUUGAGGAGGAGAUCGCAACCAUUUGUUGGUACUCGUAUGCGAUUCUCACAAUGCCGACGACUUUAAUCUUGGUGGUCCUGUCGCUCGAAGUGGUGAAGCUUAAUCGGCUUGGGCCAUGGAUGAUGCCCCCGUGAGUAUGAAAUUUCCGCAGUAGAGUUACAUAUGUAUUGUCAUGUAGAAUCAAUAGCUAAGCGGCUACGAAGCAUGUUGCGAGAAGAUGCCGAAGCUUUCGUGUCUAUAAAAGAUCACUGGAUGUUAAUAGCUGAGACUAUACCGCCUUUCACCGCCAUGUUCAGGCAAUGCAGCUCGUUGGGACUUGGAUGCGUCUAGUGUUCAAUCUUGGUGAUGCAAAGACGCUUUGACUACGGACGUCGUCGACUGCCAGGAUGUCCACCUCACGCCUGCUAUUCACAUGAACAUUCACAGCGAGUCAGGGACAGGG